AUGGCAAAAAAGCGUUCCGAGGGCCAGACACGACAAUCACUUGCCAGGAGGUGUUCACUAAUCAUACUUAGCAUUGAAAGAAGGAAACUCUACGUGCCGUAUUACGCUUCAGUGCAUCUUGAAGUCCUGCGCUUGUUUGAAAAAUUCAAGGUUGAUACUGAUAUGGACGAUCGGACCUUAUUACAACGAUAUCUGGGGGACACGUAG